AUGCGUUUCCUGGAUUUGAAUGCUGCCUUUAAAAUGACAUGCGAACUACAACAGCAUAUUGUCAAUAUAAUCUUUGCUCGCCAGCGGCGUAUGACGGAACAGGAGAUCGAAUUCCAGAUAAGAAUGAUAAAACCAGAACCAGGUGAUAGAGAACUGGGAACUCAAGAAGAUGCAGCAGUCCCCAGCCAGAGUUUUAUGCCACUGGAUGCUCCGGGUCCAGCUUCCACGGCGUCUUCUACUCCCGAUACAGAUCCAUCAGCCAACACCUCCGACGGCCACGGAAUCUUCCCACCAGAAGCUGCAAACAAUGACGCGACCGUCCCAACGGAUAAUGUCCGUCAACCUACAAAAAGGCAUCGAUUGGUCGCACUGGGAACUCUGCAUCCAGAUUUGGCGACGGGAUUAAGAUCACCUGACGAUCUAUCCAGCCAGGUUCCUUGUACCGCUUGCCACUUACGAGUGCAAACAGGUUGCGAGGCCGCAGCCACCAUGGCUUGUCCAGCAUGUCCCGGACAACCCGCGAUUUGUUCUGCUCAAUGUUUUCGCUGGUGGCACAAUAACACUAAGCCAGCGAACGAAGCAUUCAAGACGUGCAUUACCCCAACUGAGGUAGACGUGCGUCCACCAUCGUUCUUUGAGACACUUAAUCAACUCAGUCAUUUCGGCCCCUCACCAGCGGUUGCAUUCCACCGGUCCUUCCCAGCAGCAGUGUGCAAACGCCGUCGCAAGGUGACAAUGCGUGCUGGGCGUCGAUAUAACUGCAACCUCAAACGGUCCCGUUCUAAGGCGGCACAUGGCGGCACACGAGUACACGUAGCGUCUAGACGUGGUAACAGAAUGCGAAGGCACGUCAACAGAUAUUCACCAGUAAUCCCAAACUCCCAGGAUCCCAGUCAAUGACACGAGAAGUGUACAACCCCCAAUCAAAUGGAGAAAAAUCACGUAUUUGCGUCAGUAGAUUAUCUCUGUACAAAGGCAUUUUAUGUAUCGCAAAUUCCAAGAUCACAUGCUUGCAUCUUGUCCUCUUCGCGCUCUAGAAAAUAAUUGUGCUUCACCACGUAACGAACGCAUUGCAUAAGUUGGUUUCUUUCUGUCCGCAUUUCGUCGGCCAGGAGCUGUAUUGGAUGGGGAAAAACGUGGCAUGUAACAAGUGCAGCGAAAUGAAGAAGGAUCCGACCUGCCAGUGGAGACAAACGCAGGUCGCCUCCAAAACCUCAAGUGCCAUCUCGUGCAAGUGAUUCUAAAAGUAAGAUUUACCCCGACAAUGAGUAGCAAAAAGUAAAGAAACUGACAAUAAACAGACCACUUGCAAUGUCGUAGGUAGGCGGUUUGAAGAAACUGAAAGGACACGUGAGAGCGUAGAUGUCAUGGACUACAAGGGAUUAGGAAGUGAAAUAACGCCGUAGAAAUCAGCCACAUUGUUGAGGAAAGUAUGACCUCUUCACCUGUUGUGUUCCCUAGCGUUUAAAUUCUGAGAACAAGAGAUAAAUCACCUUUGGCUGAAUACCAUAUCACGUGCCUCACCUCGGUUUUUCUACUUAAGUGACCGCAGUCGAGUGAACCGCAUUUUCACUGAUCACGUGAGGAUUAAGUAUUUUGUGAUAGGCAUGUCGAGUCCCCACUAAAAAAGAACCUGAAUGCAUUGCUGCGAGGUGCGCCAAUUGACCUUGCAGAUGUUUCAUCCUGCUUUUCAUUUAUCUGCAAAGUUGUUUCCAAAAAUAGUUGAUUCAUUCUCCUCUCCAACAAAUAUAUCACCAUUUUCAAUGGAUGCACACCUAACAUUCGACCGUCAAGUUAAGGCACGGUCAAUAGUAUUGCUCACCUGAGUUGGCUUGCUUAAAAUUCUAAUUCUCUUACGCUAGAACACGGACUGAAGGUAAUGAUGCUGGGGGCAGUGUACAAUGAUUUCAAACGUGUCGAGCCGCUAGUAACAAGUUGACCUUGCGAGAUUUGUAGAAGUCGCGUUCACACCACUGGUUGAAUUCAGAUUCUAAAAAUCUCGCAACCACCCACAACUGAUCCAAAAUUGCUGAGAGGCUUCAGACGUCCGUGGCGUUAUCUGAGUGUGAAGUGCUGACAAAUCGUUCAGCUGUGACACCCUUCCGGUGCCUAGCUGUCAUGCCACCCGA